GGUCGUCUGAGGCGGAGGCAGCGCCGCGCCGGACUCGAGGUUCUUUCAUUUUCUGGGAUUGGGCUUUGAGCUAUUAGAGCCAUGAGCAACUACACUGUGUCCUUGGUUGGCCCAGCUCCUUGGGGUUUCCGGCUGCAAGGUGGCAAGGAUUUCAACAUGCCUCUGACAAUCUCUAGUCUCAAAGAUGGCGGCAAAGCAUCCCAGGCAAAUGUAAGAAUAGGUGAUGUGGUUCUCAGCAUUGACGGAAUAAGUGCACAUGGAAUGACUCAUCUUGAAGCCCAGAACAAGAUUAAGGGCUGUACAGAUUCUUUGAAUAUGACUCUGCAAAGGGCAUCUGCUACACCCAAGCCUGAGCCAGUUCCCGUGCAGAAGCCCACAGUCACCAGCCUGUGUUCCGAGACUGCUCAGGAGCUAGCAGAGGGGCAGAGAAGAGGAUCCCAGGGGGACAUUAAACAGCAAAAUGGGAAAACCCCACCUAAACGCCCACCAAGAAAACACAUUGUGGAGCGCAAUACGGAGUUUUAUCACAUACCAACUCAUAGUGAUGCCAGCAAGAAGAGACUGAUGGAGGACACCGAAGACUGGCGUCCAAGGACUGGAACGACUCAGUCUCGUUCUUUCCGAAUCCUCGCCCAGAUCACUGGGACUGAACAUCUGAAAGAGUCGGACACUGAAAAUACAAAGAAGGCCAAGUUUGACAGUUCUCUGGAAGACCUACCUCAGAGUGGACCUCACCCACCUGCAACUCCUCAGGUUUUACAUAUUGGUAGCCAAGUAGCCACACUUUCUAAAGUAACCACGUAUGCUAGUUUAAGCAGCUCCACAAGAAAUGUGGUGACAAGUUCUUUGGCAGGUUUUCGAAACUUUUCUACCUUCUCACCUCCUGCUAGAUACAGUGCUGCAGUUCUUAGUAGUGCGGCUGCUACUGUGUCUGCUGUUCUUGCUGCAAACCCAGCCAGAGCUACACGUACAGGGCUCUCCAGCCCUGAUAAAUAUCACUCCCUCCUGGAUGCACUUUGCAUCAGCCCUGUUUCCAAGCCUUUAGCUUUUUCGUACCUGCAGUCCUCGAGGAAGUCAUCUGGCUCGAUCCAUGUUAAGAAAAUAAGCAACACCCAGGACACUUCUCAGCAGUUGGCUCCAUCAGUAGCUUCAGCACGGAGCAUGCCUGAGAGGCAGGAGAGCCCAGCCUCCACCAGACCAGGGGUGACCGGUCUCACAACUGCUGCCGCCUUCAAGCCUCCAGGAUCCACCAACAUUGUCAAGUCACCAAGUUGGCCACAGCCAAACCAAGCAGCACUUUCCACUGGAAGAAUCUCAAACAGUGCAACUUCGUCAGGAGCAGCGGCACCAGCCAACUCAGCCAGGGGACAGCCCCAGCCAGGUGACCAGGACACUUUAGUGCAAAGAGCUGAGCACAUUCCAGCAGGGAAAAGAACUCCAAUGUGUGCCCACUGUAACCAGGUCAUCAGGGGACCAUUCCUAGUGGCACUAGGGAAAUCUUGGCAUCCAGAAGAAUUUAACUGUGCUCACUGCAAAAAUACAAUGGCCUACAUUGGAUUUGUAGAGGAGAAGGGAGCCCUGUACUGUGAGCUGUGCUAUGAGAAAUUCUUUGCUCCUGAAUGUGGGCGAUGCCAAAGGAAGAUCCUCGGAGAAGUCAUCAAUGCUCUGAAACAAACUUGGCAUGUUUCCUGUUUUGUGUGUGUGGCCUGUGGAAAACCCAUUCGUAAUAAUGUUUUUCAUUUGGAGGAUGGUGAACCCUACUGUGAGACUGAUUAUUAUGCCCUUUUUGGUACCAUAUGCCAUGGAUGUGAGUUUCCCAUAGAAGCUGGCGACAUGUUCCUGGAGGCCCUGGGCUAUACCUGGCAUGACACUUGCUUUGUAUGCUCAGUAUGUUGUGAAAGUUUGGAAGGUCAGACCUUUUUCUCCAAGAAGGACAAGCCACUUUGCAAGAAACAUGCUCAUUCUGUGAAUUUUUGAAAGUCAACAGUUCAGGCAGGGGAGGAGAAGAGAUUCAAAGAGAAAGAGGAGAAUUGGGAUUACCAAUUAAUUUUUAGAUUUAAUAUUUAUGGGAAUUUUGAAAAAUAAUAGUGGCCCUGAAGGGAUAAAUUCCAGCUUUAAAAACCAAGUCUAUGAGGAAAUAUUUGGCUUCAUAAAGUAGAGAGACAGUUUGGCAUUUAUAAGAUUACUUUUUUCCUGUAUUUUCUGCCCAUAAAAUAACUUUUAUAAAAACCAA